AUGACCGAAACAGCAGAUCAAUUACUAAGUCACGUCGUUCCGAUUUGCCAAUGGAUCCCGCAAACUUCACGUAAUCCAAGUUCAACAUUUUCUGCUUAUCCACGAUUUCCAAGUGACGUGAAGGAAUGGGUCGGAUUCUUUCGAGGUGUCAGACUUAAACAAUAUCACAUUCCAGGAGGACAAUUCCCCAUAUCCUCAACUAUCGCACAAUCUUUAAGGGUUGAAAAAGAUGCAGAAACUCGUUUUUAUUUUAAUGUUUUAGGGCCAGUUCAGACAUUACUAGGAACACAAGGAGCGACAUUUUGUGGGAGAUGUCCUGGAUUGUUGGGUUCUCCCGAUUAUAUUUUAUGCACUAAUGAUUCUACCGUUGCCAAGAUGCCUCUGGAAAUGAAAACGAGACACAAUCUGAAUUUAUGUGGUCGUCAUCUUUGGAAAAUUUAUCGAAAGGCUGACCGGGACCAAAUAACGAAUCAAAAUUUCCAAUUUAAGAAAAAGAUUUUAUCACAAGUGUUUGGUGCAAUGGCCUGUAAUGGUCUUCAUUACGGCAUAUUAUCAAAUUAUAGUGAUACAUACUUUUUCAAGAGAGAGGAAGAAAGUAAAACUACUUUGCAUGUUUCCCGUGUUGUUCAACCUAAUGAUACCAAUCCGACUUUACGCGAAUGCGUUUACUAUAUCAGCCAACUUGCUAUUAAUGAUCGUUCCGUAAUUGCAAGUUCUUCUAAGGGAAUUACUACUAUAGAUGAAUACAUAGGUGGUGGAACCUUUGGAAAAGUUUUUUCUGGCCUUUAUCAUGGUCAAGCUGUGGCCUGGAAAACCUGUGAUGCAUAUAAGGAAAAAGAAGCAAAAAAAUCAUUAAGAGUUGAAGCAAAUGUGUAUUCAAUUUUAAAGGAAUGUCAAGGUUAUGUCUAUGAUGGGUAUCUUUAUGUGUUGACAUUACAAUUAAUUGAGGAUGCUCGCCAUAUUGACCCAGCAAACCUUACGGUAGAAGAAAAGAGAACAAUUAUGCAACAACUUGAAACAAUACAUAGUUACGGCAUUUUACACAAUGAUAUCGCUCAAAGGAACAUCCUUUUAGAGCCAAAAAGUCAUCGAUUCUUUUUUAUUGAUUUCGGUCUAA